AUGAGCCUACACUUGGAGAAGUCAAACCAAUGCAGCAAUGACGCAUUGGAGGACAAUGAGUCUUCUUCCGCCCAUUCUGACGAUGACCUCCAACACCUACACCAUGUCGCAGACUCUCUACCGCCUCGGGUCUGGAUAGCAGCAUCAAUCGCCAUUUUCGAGAGAUUUACCUACGAGGGCACCCAAAGCACCUUUCAGAAUUACCUACAGCAUAGCCCCUCUGAUUCGAUCCCCGGGGCUCUCGGCCUUGGGGAAUCACGAGCCAACACGGUCAAUCUGGCAUUCACAGUCUUGGUGAAUAUCCUGCCGUUGCCGAUUUCGAUCUUAGUCGAUGGUCGAUUGGGACGGUACCUGGCUCUGCAGAUGUUCUUCGUAAUUUAUGCACUGGGAUCUUUGACUCUCUUCAUCACUUCUCUACCUGUCAUGAUGCAUAACGGUGCUGCGGCACCGGGUUUUGCCGUGGGAGCUGCGCUGAUUGCCAUUGGGCUUGGAGGGGUCCUGGCCUCACUUCAACCUUUCAUCGCGGAUCAAUAUACAGAUCCCGGAGGGCGCAUUGAGACUCGGCCAAAUGGCCGGCGGGUAGUGUGGAUGACUAACCUCGGAGCCAUGGGGGCUUUAGCCACCACUAUGAUGGAGAGAUAUGUUGGGUUCUGGUCGAGCUAUCUCCUGGCUCUUUGCUCCGUGUUGCUGUGCCUCGUCAUCGUGCAAGCAGCAGGGAGAAUUUUCGUCCAUCCUCCACCACAAAGUUCCGUUCUUCCCCAAGCCGCCCAGUGUCUCUGGUACGCAUGCCUAAGUGGUUUCAACCUCGAAGCAUGUUAUCCUCACACUCAACUCACAAUGCACCAACGUGUCGUUCCUUGGGAUGAAGGAUUCAUCACCGAGCUUCGAAGUGGGCUAUCGGCCUUCAAAAUCUGCAUGGGCUGGCCCAUCUUCUGGCUCUGCAUGUCCCAAGCCUCUCAGCAAGGCAUAUCACAGGCCGGCACAAUGCAAAGCCACGGCAUUCCCAACGACGUACCUAAGGUUUCCAACCCAGUAGCAUAUAUCCUCUUCGGGAUCUUGGUCCAGAAGAUGUUAUACCUGUUUCUGCAGCGCAUCGGGAUCUUGUUCAACCCAGUCAACCGCAUCACCCUUGGAUUUCUCAUCAUGUCCUUAGCCAUGACCUAUUUCGCCGUUCUUCAAGCUGCAAUCUACCACACAAGACCCUGCUAUGAUCACCUAUUGGCCUGUGCUGCAUCGAAUAGUGAUCACGGCCAGAUUACAAAUCAGGUCCAUAUCUUGAUCCAGCUCCCAACAUACAUCAUCAUCGCGCUGGCCGAGGUGUUCUGCUGGCCGACGGGCGCAGAAUACCUUUACACCCAUUCGCCAAAGAGCAUGAAGUCGGUGAUGCAGGCCUGCUAUGUGGGAACGUUGGCGCUCGGCUACGGAUUGGGUAUGGUACUGUCGCCGCUUGCAAAGGACCCCUACCUUGUGAUUCUUUGGUCGUUGGCAGCUGGGUUGGUGUUUGUCUGUGCUUGUGUCUUUUGGGUGGCCUUUCGUCGGCUAGGACGGGACUCUAGUGGUUAG